GUUCGUUUAAUUUUGUAAUUACGUCGUGAAUUUCGACUUACUUUUAUAAAAAAAAAAUAAUAUAUAUGAUACCAAGAAUUUUUUUGAGUCUACCACGUAGUCCAUCGAGUUGUAUUAAAAAAAUGUAAAAUGCUGUUAUUUGUCGUCGUCUCUUCUAAGAAUCAAUUUUAUGAGUAAAUGGAAUCAUCCUCACUCACUUGUUAUCAUCAUCAUUUUCAUGGCAUUAUUACUUACAACUAUUUCUCACAACACUUUCCAUUUUGUCACAAAAUAAUCAACCAUGCUCAAUUUCCCUUCACUCUCCAUCUCCAACCACACUUUUUCCUACAACCCCAUCAACUACAAUCACAUCCCACCUUUAAAGUUUCAAUCUUUAGCUUUAUGUAGCUAUGGAAGAACUAAAUUUCCAUCUGGGUCAUGCUCAUAUGGACUUAGAAGAAAAAGGGUGUUGGUUAAAGGGGUUUUGAAAGUAAAGGAAGAAGGUGUGGAAAGUGGAAAAAGAGUGGAUUUUGGAGAAGGGUUUGAUGCAAUUGUUAUUGGGUCUGGGAUUGGUGGAUUAGUUGCUGGGACACAGUUGGCAGUAAAAGGUGCUAGAGUUUUGGUUUUGGAGAAGUAUGUUAUUCCUGGUGGAAGCUCUGGUUUUUAUAAUAGGGAUGGUUAUACUUUUGAUGUUGGUUCUUCUGUCAUGUUUGGUUUCAGUGAUAAGGGUAAUCUCAAUUUGAUAACACAAGCAUUGGAAGCAGUUGGUUGUCGGAUGGAGGUGAUACCAGAUCCAACAACUGUUCAUUUCCAUCUACCGAACCACCUCUCUGUUCGAGUGCACAGAGAGUAUGACAAAUUCAUUGAAGAACUUACGAGUUAUUUUCCCCAUGAAAAGGACGGUAUCCUCAAAUUCUAUGGUGAAUGCUGGAAGAUUUUCAAUGCCCUGAAUUCAUUGGAGUUGAAGUCGCUAGAGGAGCCACUCUACCUUUUUGGACAGUUUUUUCAGAAGCCGCUUGAAUGCUUGACAUUAGCCUAUUAUUUGCCGCAAAAUGCUGGAGCCAUAGCCCGGAAGUAUAUUCAGGAUCCGCAGUUGUUGUCUUUCAUAGACGCAGAGUGUUUUAUAGUGAGCACGGUCAACGCGUUGCAGACUCCAAUGAUCAAUGCUAGCAUGGUUCUGUGUGACAGACACUUUGGCGGUAUUAACUACCCUCUUGGCGGUGUUGGUGGGAUUGCAAAGUCCUUGGCAAAAGGUCUCAUUGAUCAGGGUAGUCAGAUACUUUACAAGGCAAAUGUCACAAGUAUUAUCACCGAGCAGGGCAAAGCCGUAGGAGUGAGGCUUUCAGAUGGCAGAGAGUUCUUCGCUAAGACCAUAAUUUCAAAUGCUACCAGAUGGGACACAUUCGGAAAGUUAAUAAAACAAGAGACACUUCCGAAAGAGGAAGAGAACUUCCAGAAAGUUUAUGUUAAAGCUCCAUCUUUUCUGUCAAUCCACAUGGGGGUUAAAGCGGAGGUUUUACCUCUAGAUACAGAUUGUCACCAUUUUGUGCUUGAGAACAACUGGACCGAUUUGGAGGAGCCAUAUGGAAGUAUCUUUUUGAGUAUACCGACUAUUCUUGAUUCAUCGUUAGCUCCUGAAGGUCGUCACAUCCUUCAUAUAUUUACAACUUCUUCCAUGGACGACUGGAAGGGUCUCUCAAGAAUCGAUUAUGAAGCAAAGAAGCAGGUGGUAGCAGAUGAAAUCAUAAGCAGAUUAGAGAAGAAAUUGUUUCCUGGUCUUAGAUCAGCCAUCGAUUUUAUAGAGGUAGGGACACCAAAGACACAUCGACGAUACCUAGCCCGCGACGAGGGUACUUAUGGACCAAUGCCACGUAGCAUUCCAAAGGGAUUAUUAGGAAUGCCAUUUAAUACAACAAGCAUAGAUGGUCUUUACUGUGUUGGAGACAGUUGCUUCCCUGGACAAGGUGUUAUUGCUGUAGCUUUCUCUGGAGUUAUGUGCGCUCAUCGAGUAGCUGCGGAUAUUGGGUUGGAGAAAAAGUCACCUGUUUUAGAUGCCAUGCUGCUUCGGUUGCUUGGUUGGUUCAGAACACUGGCAUAAGUGUUAUAAUUUGUUUGAUCCGUGAGUCUGUAUUAUCCUGUAUAACAUUUCUUUUUUGUAUAUUUCUUUACUUUUUUGUUGGGGAGGAAGGGAAACGGAUUCGUCACAUUUACAAAGGUAUAGAACUAGGGCGUCCGAUUGGACAAAUCAUGAGAUGUAUUUAAAAGAAAAUUUUGUAAAGUUGGAAUUAUGAGCUGUCCUAUUGCAAUUUAAUGGAAAAGAUUACUUAGCUGCGUGCAAUCGCGUGCUUCUAUAA